GCGGGGCGGCGCCAUCUUCAUCUCUGUCACUUACUGGAAGCUUUAACGGUCUACGGGUCCUCCCCUCCGGUCCUCUCCCGCCCCCCGGCGCUCCUGUCGCUUAAAACCCAGCACCUCCCCCGAUCGCGCCUCACUUCUCCGUUACACUCGGCUCCUCAGUUGAACCAUCCUUGUGCUGUACUCCCAUCUUUCAACAUGACUCAGGUCAACUGCUGCCUCAAAUGGCUCCUCACCAUCUUCAACAUCAUCUUCGCGAUUGUCGGCGUCGGCGUCAUCGUGGUCGCUCUGAUGGUUCAGUUCCACAUCGCCGACGAAAACUUCCCUGUUGAGUUCAACCCAUCCUGUUUGUACGUCUUGGGCUCCAUUGUCAUGGUGAUUGCCAUCCUGGGAGCCGUCGGCGCCUGCAACGAGAACAAAGCGUGCAUGGUCCUGGUGAGUACAAAGCAAAGGAUCCAGUCCUCGACGUUCUCAGACUCUGAUUCUGCACUUUGGAGCGACAAAAUUGAUGAUAGACAAACACCCCAAGUGGUUACACCGCAGCCUGUGUUGCGGCUGCUGGAUGCAGCCGGCGGGGGGGUGGGUGCAUUAGGCGGGGCGGUCCGGGCCUUCCUGCCAUAG